AUGUAUCACAUCAUUCCGAUCAACACGCUCUUCUUCUUGGUUCUACUGGCAUCACAGCCAGGCAACGUUCACGCCGCCUUGCAACACCGGCCAGUGUCUUCCUUCCCUAUCGAUACUUUCGCCUCGCCCAAGUUUGGUGUCAGCUUCCUAAAUCAUCGACCGAUAGGCAGGAAAGAAGCCGACCUAUGGCAACGAGGUUUACGUGGAACUGCCGGGACGGCAUCAAAGGGAGAGCUGGCUGCAGCUCGAGAUGAGACUGGAUCUCACGGGGGCGGACGGCCUCAUCUAUCGGAUCUGAGCCGAAAUAGAACGACGGGCAGCACAGAGGACCACGACUAUUUGUGCGCCCUUCCCGUCGUACCCAAAUCGUCAUCGGUCGAUACGGACAAAAAGGCGAAAGAGAAACAGGAUGGCGACAAGGACGUCUCACCAGACGCCCUGGAUGUCUUUCGACAUUUAGAACCUCUUGAUGGACAUUGUCUCUAUCAUCGACAGGGCUGGUUCACUUAUGCCUAUUGUCACAAUUCGCAUAUCCGCCAGUUCCGAGAAGCAGCUAGUACUCCUGCUUUACCAGCCUCCAAGCCGGUGGAAGAUACGCCGAAAUGGAAGGAAUGGUCUCGACAGGCUUCAUACCUGACCCAGAAGAUCCGACACAGGAGAUCGAGGUCUUUAUGGACACCCAGAUCGAUCCCACGAUCGCGGACGUCAGCAUCUAAGGCGACGGAUCACUCUGAUUCUGAAUCCAAUGCCCCGAGUGCAACGCCCGACGAAGAAUUCGUCAGACAGAGCUUGUCGAUACAUUCGAAUGCGCAAGCGAGAUAUCUCGUCGAAGUCUGGGAGGGCGGGACCGUCUGCGAUAUGACGGGCAAAGCUCGAAAAAUCGAGGUCGAGUUCCACUGCGGUGGGGAUGGUCCUGACGGGAUCGUAGGGGUCAAAGAGAUUGCUACAUGUCAAUACAUCAUGACCAUCAAGACUCCUCGAAUCUGCAAUAUCCCGGGAUUCUUCGUGCCUUCCGCCUCAUUGGGACCUCUCCAUCAGAUACAGUGCCGUCGCAUUGUACAGGACAACCACUUGCAC